CUCAACUUGACCUCAACAUGCAGGCUAUCAAGUGCGUGGUUGUUGGUGAUGGCGCUGUCGGUAAGACGUGCCUGCUGAUUUCGUACACGACCAACGCCUUCCCUGGCGAGUACAUCCCGACGGUGUUCGACAACUACUCGGCCAACGUGAUGGUCGACGGCAAGCCGAUCAACCUCGGCCUGUGGGAUACCGCCGGUCAGGAGGAUUACGACCGCCUGCGCCCGCUGUCGUACCCGCAGACGGACGUCUUCCUCAUCUGCUUCUCGCUCAUCUCGCCGGCUUCGUUCGAGAACGUCCGCGCCAAGUGGUACCCGGAGAUCUCGCACCACUGCCCGUCGGCGCCGGUCAUCCUUGUCGGCACCAAGGUCGAUCUGCGUGAGGACAAGGAGACGCUCGAGCGCCUCCGCGAGAAGCAGCUCUCGCCCAUCACCUACCAGCAGGGUCUGCAGAUGGCCAAGGAGAUCUCGGCCGUCAAGUACCUCGAGUGCUCGGCCCUCACCCAGAAGGGCCUCAAGAACGUCUUUGACGAGGCCAUCCGCGCUGUCCUCUCGCCGGCUGCGCCCAAGAAGGCCAAGAAGAAGUGCACCCUUCUCUAAUCUUCCGCACUUCCUGCAUAAACUCCCUCCCCCCAUUUC